CAAGGCAGAGAAGAGUCUCUCCAGAUCAGAACACCUCAAGAAACACCAGCAGAGACCCACAGGGAAGAAAUCUAACUGCUGCCCUGACUGUGGGAAAAUAUUAAACUCUUCAUCAAACCUUAAAAUACAUCAAAGAAUUCACACUGGAGAGAAACCUUAUGGCUGUGAUCAAUGUGGGAAGAGAUGUAUUACAUCUAGCUAUCUAACUAUACACCAGAGAAUACACACAGGAGAGAAAUCAUAUAGCUGUAAUCAAUGUGGGAAGAGUUUUACUUGGCUAAACAGCCUGAUAGUACACCAGCGGACACACACAGGAGAGAAACCUUAUAUCUGUGAUCAAUGUGGGAAGAGUUUUACUCAUCUAAGCAGCCUGAUAGUACACCAGCGGACACACACAGGAGAGAAACCUUAUAGCUGUGAUCAAUGUUGGAAGAGUUUUACUCAUCUAAGCAGCCUGAUAGUACACCAGAGAACACACACAGGAGAGAAACCUUAUAGCUGUGGUCAAUGUGGGAAGAGUUUUGGUGCAUCUGGAUGUCUGACGAAACACCAGAGAACACACACAGGAGAGAAAUCUUAUAACUGUAGUCAAUGUGGGAAGAGAUUUACUAGAUCUAGCCAUCUAACUAUACACCAGAGAACUCACACAGGAGAGAAAGCUCAUAGCUGUGAUCAGUGUGACAAGAGAUAUUCUGAUAAAAGAUCUCUG